AUGCAUCUACCAUAUCCCAAGAGGAAAUCCUCAAACGCCCAGCCAUUCCUCCCCCGCGGCAGCAGCUCUUCGCGCUAUGGCUUAGGCUUCUCGAUACCACGGCGAUACCGAUCGCAGGCCUUCGCAGGAGCAGCACUCUUUCUCAUCGGUUUAAUAUGGCUGCUCACACGCAGUGGCAGCUCACAGCACGGCGGGAGGAGCGGCAGCAUAGGGAUGGCGAACCACGUACCGUCAGGGAAGCCGCCCACAGUGAUAGUGACAGUCGUGGAUGAAAAGAGGUUUGGUGAGAGAUACACAGAUCUGGUGAAGGAAAACAGGAGACUCUACGCGGAGAAACACGGCUACGAGACAUUCUUUCCCAAAGUUGGCGAAUACGACCUGAAGGGCGCGCCCGCGUCCUGGACGAAGGUCGUCGCGAUGCGCCACGCCCUCACCAAAUUCCCCGACGCCACCUACUUCUGGUACGUCGACAUCGACACGUUCAUCAUGAACCCCGCCCUAGCGAUCGAGCGCGACAUCAUGUCAGCGGCGAAGCUCGAAGCGAUGAUGAUCGUGGACAAGCCCGUCGUGCCGCCUGACAGCAUCAUCCACACAUUCAGCCAUCUCAAGGCUGAGGACGUGGACUUUGUGGUGACACAGGACAAGGACGGCCUGGCUACAAACAGCUGGCUGAUCCGGAAUUCGGAGUGGUCGCGCUUCUUCCUUGAGACGUGGUUCGAUCCCACGUAUAGGAGCUACAACUUCCAAAAGGCGGAGACGCAUGCUUUGGAACACAUCGUGCAGUGGCACCCGACGAUCCUAUCGAACUUGGCCCUCGUUCCUCAGCGUGUCAUCAACUCAUACGACAAGUCGGAGAAGGGCCAGGAGUACUCCACGGGGGACCUGUCCGUACGCUUCGUAAAAUGCGCCAAGUCGAUUAAGAAACCCACCUGCGAAACCGAGGCGGAGCCGUACGCAUCGGUCUGGAGAUCAGCUUAUAGGAGCCAGUAA